AUGGGGCUCACCGGAAGGGGUACGCAUAUGGUCACUGUCGUGUCCUUGCUCGUUGCUCUGGCCACUCUCGCCGUCGGCCUCCGAUUAUACGCCCGUCUCAAGCUGCGCUUAAAGGUCCAGCUGGAUGACUACCUGUGUAUGGGUGCAUGGGUGUGUCUCAUUGCCAUGUUUAUAGAACUGAUUCUCUGGUGCACUAUCGGCGGUAAUGGAAGCCACAUGCAAGAUUUGACGCUCACGGAGAAGUUGAAUUUCGGCAAGAUCUUCCUCGCCAACCAAUUCACCUACUUCGUCCUAUGCCCGACUCUGAGAAUCUCCAUCCUCUUCUUCUACCGGAGAAUCUUCUCUACCCCGCUCUUCAUGCACAUCUCAGCCGGCCUCAUCGCCCUCAUUACCCUCUGGGGCAUCGGCAUCUUCCUCACAUGCGCUCUCCAGUGCCGGCCUCUCAAGGCCAGCUGGGACCCGCGCGUCGAGGCAACGUGCAUCGAUACAAACACCUUCUUCAUUGUCAACCAGGUCUUCAACGUCGUCAUGGACUUUGUCAUGCUAGCCCUCCCUCUCCCCAUCAUCUGGUCCCUGAACCGGAAUUGGCGUGAGAAGCUUGCACUUAGUGGAAUAUUCCUUCUCGGUGGAUUUGUCUGCUUUGCCAGCAUCUUCCGCAUUGUGGUCUUGUUCUACAUCGAUCCUGCCGACACGACCUACACCAUCUUCCAGGCGACCCUCUGGACACAUAUCGAGCCCGCCGUUGGCAUGACGUGUGCCUGCCUUCCCUCUCUCCGCGGUCUGAUCCCAAGAUUCUACGGCCGGCGAAGCCGCUCCGACCGCUCGUCUAACAACAACAACAAUAACAAGUUGUACGGUGAUUCGUCGAGCCGUGACCGGAGAUCCAACAAGCGAGCAUCCGAGUUCUACAACAUGUCGCAGCACCUAUACACGACAAGACAGGAGAGCGACGAGAAUCUCGUGUCCUGUAAGAGGGGCGAUAGCUCCAACGAUGCUGAAGAGGGUAUCCGCGUCCAUACCGACAUCAGGGUUUCGAGACAGGAGACUGAUUUCAGACGAGAUGUCAUAACUUCCCCGACCAAGGACGUUUGA